AUGCUAAUGUCGAAAAGAGUUAAAAUAAGAGUGCCAAAUAGAUUGGGCUAUUCAGGGCAGAGUUUUGAUGACCUGUGGCCUACCUUGCAAGAUGCUAUCGAUCACAUUUAUGAGGGCAACGUGGAAGUACUUUCGUUCGAAAAACUAUACAGGACAGUAUACAGUAUAGUGAUUAUGAAGAAAGGGCGUCAGCUAUAUACUGAACUCGGCAGUUUUUUGACUUACAAACUCCAGACAUUGAGAGAGAGGACAAUCAAGGAUGGUAGUCGAGGUUUCGAACUACUGCAAACAUUAAUAGCUAUUUGGGACUCACAAUGCAGCAUUUUCAAGCUGAUAAGUGAUAUGAUGAUAUAUCUUGAUAAAGUAUAUUGUAAACCGGAAAGAACUCUAGAAGUUUACGAUUUGUGCUUAUCUCUGUUUAAGAAACAUGUAAUAGAUCCCUUGUCACAGUUUGUCGAUCAGGCAUUGAUUACUGACAUUAACGGAAUUCGUUCUCAGCUGAUUUUAAAUGAAGUCAAUACUGGAGUGUGCAAAAGAAUUGUCGAUAUGAUGGAAACUUUGUUGGAAGGAAAUGAUAAUUACUUUCUAAAUCAUUUUGAGCCUAUUUUUCUGGAGAGCACUAGGCAGUAUUAUGAAGAUCUUAUCAACAACAGUGAUUUAGACCCAACUGAAUAUCUCGAUUACAUGAAUAAACACAAAGUUUUCGAAUUCUCCCUUGAUGAGCAAUUUCUCAAUAGUGACACUGUUUCCAAGAUCACCACAUCACUGGAUAAAGUUCUUCUUUGGAAUCAAAAAUUUUCUACAAUUGUACCUAUUUUAGUUCAUCAGGCAGUAAUUGAAAAUAAUGUGGAACUAUUGAAUAACAUCUGUAAUUUAUCUUCAGAGAACGAGUACACGCUGAAGAUUAUAAAAUGCAUCGAGAAUUGUUUAGCAGAAGAUGCAAAUGCAAUUACCAUAGAAACUGCUACAAAAAAGAAAACCCAAGUGGCAAUAGAAUGGACCAAAGCUGUUUUUUCAUUAGCUAAUAAGUACCAAAAGCUUAUUGAAGGUAUAAAGUGGCCCUCCAGUUCGAGCAGUGCGGAUGGAAAGAAUGAAGAAUUAGGCACCCAUAUUGUGGAUAAUGUUCUUUCAAAAUUUUUGAACCAAAAUUGUAGAAGGUCCAUUGAAUAUAUCUCGCUCUAUUUGGAUUCAUGUUUCAAAAUUACAAAAGACAAAGAUGAGGAGAGAAAAGUUAUGCAAAAUCUUUCUGAAGCAGUGAGGCUCUUCAAUUUACCAGCGGAAAAGGACUUCUUCGAGAUGUUAUACAAACAGCAACUUUCUAAAAGAUUGUUACAAGGAAGAUCCAUGAUACACCUUGAGAAAUGGAUGCUACAACGCAUUAAGGAUGAGGUUGGAACCUUCUUUACUUCAAGGUUGUAUGGUAUGCUUAAAGAUGUUUCCACUUCUCAAGAGCAGGCAGCCGCUUUUAUAGAUGCUAAUGGCCCCUUUGAAAACCUGGAAACAUUAGACUUCAGACCUCAAAUACUAACGGGUAUAAAUUGGCCAUUCAAGGCGUUUGAUUUUUCGGACUCGAAUUUUUAUCUACCAUCUAAACUUGAACAGUUGAAGCUGGAUUUUGAAUUAAAUUAUAAUAAUCAAUACCCCGAAAGGAAACUUACCUGGGCGUAUCAUCUAUGUCAGUUGGAAAUUGGGUUUCAGUUUGAAAAUUCCUACCAUGAUAUUAGUAUGUCCAUGUUUGCCGCUAGUAUUUUUCUAUUGUUCGAAGAACAUGAGGAACUAACUACUGAGAUGAUUGGAAUUCUUACUCAUCUUCCGGAACAAGAACUGCAGCGUCAGCUAUUAUCUCUUUCGAUUGUACCAAAGACUAAAAUACUGAGGAAGAAACCCAUGUCCAAGACAAUUAAUCCCCAGGACAAAUUUAGCAUCAACUAUUCAUUUAGUUCACCAUCAAAGAAUGUCAAAAUCCAAACAAUUGCAAGCAUAAAACCCUCAAUGAAGAAUGAUGCGACCUCUAAAUACGUGCAAGACACUCUAGAGCACGAAAGAGUUAUUGAAAUAAAUGCAGCUAUCAGUCGUAAGAUGAAAAGUAGCAGGAGUUUAACACAUGGUGAGCUCUCUGAGCAAAUCACAGAGGCUGUAAAAGGUCGAUUUGCACUUACAAACUCUAUCCUCAAAAAAAGUAUCAAUUACUUACUGGAAAAAGAAUAUAUUCAAAGGGAUCCUGAUGAUUCGUCUGUGUAUCACUAUCUUCCCUGA